GUGCUAGGUGCCUUUGUGAAAUUAGGCCACAGAAAGAAGCAAUGGAUUAGACACGUGAAUUAUAGUUCAAAUCCAUUGGGUCGAUAUUUGAGUAGAGUGGGCCGCGCGGCAUAAUCGAUUUCAGACAUGAAUAUACUUGGCAAAAUCCUGAUAAUCGUGUCCUGCUCCUUAGGAAUCAUAUGCUGUGGAACAGCCUUGGGAAUGUAUAAAAAAGACAAGCAAAAAACGACUCCGACUGCAGAAAAAGCCGUCAUUGGUUGCCUGAUUACAGCGACUAUCCUCUUCUCCGUGAACCUCUUGUCCGUUCUCUUCAGCUUGUGUUCCCUUUGUACCGAUCGUUUAGUUGGAUUGUGCACUUCCCUGAUGUCAGGAGCUGCUUCGGUUAUGCUCGCCAUCGCUUAUGUGGCCUUCAAUAAACCACGAAUUGACAGCAGUGAAUUCUUUCCGGUGACGAGUGAAUGGCUGUUCGGUGGAAUCGCAUCAGGAAUUGGCCUGUUUAUUCUUUGCCUAACCCUGUCGGCCAGUUAAUUCAACAUGAUGAUCCCAAAGGGAAAACUAUCCAUCAUCGCAUACUUUUGAGUUACAUAUUACCGGACCACCAUUUUCUUCCCAUAUCCUACUUUAUUGGCUGCUGGUAACUAUUUUGUUGAUGCAUUUAUUUCCCUCAAGCUUAGACUGUUCCGUUAAUGAUUUUUCAAGUAAAUGCGGCUUGACACUUUUUAUUAAGAAUCGUUUUUGCACUUAGUUAUAACAAGUCCUGUUCGGUAAAACAAAUUAAGCGAUUGAUCCAGAUGAACAACACGUAAAGCCAAUCACAUGAAAGGAUAGCAUUACGGUUUCCCACCAAGCACCAAGAGUUAUGCGUAUCGAUUAUUCAUACCUUGAUGACUUCAUCUUUUGGAAGACGACAACCACCAAAUGUGUUAUUAUCAACCCGAUACUGAAUACUGCUUGGAAGCAACAAGAGGAGAUAUCUCUGUGUACCUGCAUCGAAUUCAAAUCAAAUCAAAGUAGGCUUCAUGCACCCAGGUAGGUGCUUUUUCAGCAUGUUGCACUGUCACCGCGGAUGGUGAUGUAUAUGAAUUUACCGUUACAUAAAAA